GCGUGCACGCGCGGGAGGGAAAAUACUGAACUCUUAACGAGACAGAAACAAGCGACCCGUCAACCGGAUGAAGCUGAGCGGCUGAGCGGCUGACACACCGACGGACUGACCGACCGACGCUCCGCUCAGGUGAACAUGUCUUCCUCCUCCUCCUCCUCCUCCUCUUCCUCCUCCGAGCUGCCCUACUUCUGUCCUCGCUGCGGAGACGAGUUCCGUUUCUCCUCCGUCGCCGAGCUGCGAGCUCACCUGGUCAGCAGACACACCUACCAGACGCUGCUGGUGCUGUCCCAGGCUCGGGCGAGGAGCUCCAGGCCCGGUGCUCUGCUCCCACUGCCCGGCCCCGCUGCACCCCACAGACAGAGCCCUCCUGUGGGCCUAGAGCCGCGCUGCCUCCCCCUGCCGCUCGCCUGCCUGGAUCUCGCCUCGUCGUCCGCCUCCCUCCACAUGCUCAGGCAAAUGUUCGGUCCUCCAGAUUACGUGGGACCCAUGGAGGGCCCGUCCACCGCUCUGGCCCUCCCCGGCUCCCUGGAGUGUUUCCCCGGGGAGCGGCUGGGCGGGGCGGGGGUCCGGCUGGGCGGGGCGGGGGUCCGGCUGGGGCUGGAGCUGGGGCUGGGGCUGACGGUCGGCGUGGGGAUGGAGGAGCGGCUGGGCCUGGGCCUGGAGCUGGAGCGCAAGAUCGCCCGGACGUUCGCCGAGGUGGAGGAGAGGGUGAACCGGCGCGUGGGACGGCUGAGGGCGGAGCUUCAGAGGAGGGAGGCGGAGCUAGAGCGGGAGAGGCGGGACGGGGAGCGGCUGGGGAGGGAGAAACAGGAAGUGGAGGAGAGAGCGACAUACUUGUCCAGACAGGUCUCUGCUGCCAUGGCGAUGAUGGCGGGGUUGAGGAAGGAUCUGGAGGGAAAAGAGAGAGAGCUGAGUGAACGACAACAGGAGAUGGUGGGCAUUGAGCGCUUCCUGAGGGAGACGGCAGAGAAAGAGGCCGAGGCCAAAGCCAAACUGCAGGUUUUCAUCGAGACGCUGCUGGAGCGAGCAGACCGAGCCGAGCGACAGCUGCUGCUGCUCAGCGCUCACACACACCCGCGGCGCCUCACACACAGCGACACGUACACACACGCAGACGCAUACACGCCGCCGCCACUGUGCCGCGGCGGCCGCAGCCUGGAUGGCAGCGCUGAUGACAUCAUGGGCAACAAGAUGCAGGGAAGCAUCGGCAACCGGAGGAGCUACAGUGUUUCAGGCUCCUGCAGGCUGGGCGAGCAGCUCUGCAGCCACCAUCACUACAGCGGUCUGCUGGGUCGCAUGAGGACUCUGUCUCUGGGAUCGGGCGGCUGGGACCGGGACGGCACCGCCCCCCCUGAGGAGGAGGCCGGCUGGGGGAGGACGUGGAGCCGACGGCCUCACCGUCACCACAGCACUGAGGAGGAGGACGAGGAAGAGGAGGAGGAGGAGGAAGAUGAAGAUGAGGAGGAAGAUGAGGAGGAAGAGGAGGAGGAGGAGGGGUUCUGGAGCAGCGCUGAGAUGAGCAGGCUUGUCUUCACAACAACACACACACCU